CUCCACACCAGCUCCUCACCAGCGCAUUCCACCCCAACCCCCAAAAUGGACCCCGAAACCCUCGAUUCCGACCUCGACGUCGAAAUCUCCUCCAUCCGCGCCGAAAUCCGAACCCUCCAGCACCGCCGUCGCAUUCUAACAAGCAGUCUCCUCUCCUCGCACGCCCUCCAACGCCUAUCAAAAACACAUUCCCUCCCUCCAGCACCAAACCAAUCCCACUCCCACCGCCAACAGGAAUGGAUCGACAUCUCGCCUUUGAUUCAAUCCUCUGCGACACAUGCUGAAACGAACCAUCACCGGAUCGCGUUCUCGACGACUACGUUCCCGUUUUCGGAUCCGUCGCCGAAUGCCGAAGUUACGAAUUUGUUAGGGGUGAGGAUAGAUAUUUGUGAUCGGGAGGGGAGGUAUACGAAGCCGUAUUAUGUAUUGUUGAGGAGGGUGAAGGGUGACAAGAAGGAGGUGAAGGUGCAUAGACAUACCGUGCCGAGUGUGGUUGAUAUGGGAAGGUUGGAACGGGGGUAUUUACCGGUUGAGGGUAGUAGGCAAGAGGAUGCGGAGGGGCAAGGGGAAGGGGAGCAGUUGAAGCCGUGGAAACAGAAGACCAGGAAACAGGAUCUUAAAGGGUUUGUGAGGGAGGUGCGGAAGCAGUUGGUUGUAUGGCACUUGAGGUGUGAUGCAGUGAGGUAUCUACGGGAGGAGCUGGGAGUCGUGAGGCGUGGGGUGGAUGAUGCGAUGUAUGAGGAUGAUGAGAGGCCGUGGGAAAGGGAUAUUCUUGGUGGUGGGGAUGGAGCUGGGGAGGAGACGCGCAUUGCGAAGAAUAAAUUUGGGAUUGUGUCGUUGGCCCCAACGGCGUUGGAGGCAGUUUAUGUCCGGGUGGAGUGGGAGGAUGGGCGUGUGGGGAGGUUCAAAAUCUCGAGUACGGGGGUGGUAGAACGGGCGGUGGUUAUUGGGGAUGCUGGACGGGAUAAGUUGACCGAGGGGGUGAUGACGGGGGGAAAUGGGAGAGUGGAAACGCUGUUGAAGAGGUUGGGGAAACACAUCGUCGCUGGGGAUGGAUCUGAGACCUGAGUAUCUUCUUUUUGGCGUUGUUUUGUAUACUAGCGAGCCAUGUUUGAUGUAUCUGUUGAUUUAUGUAUCCGCCUGGUUCAUCAAUCCAG